AUGGCGCCCGCGAGCCGCCGGCACGAAGCCCUCGAGGGCAACUUUCCCUUAACAAAAAUGGCGGCCCAGGGAGGCGGGGAAACCCGCCGCUCACCGCCUCCUCCAAUCAGCGGCCGCCAACUCUCCCGUGGAGGCCGCGGGUUGGCCAAUGGGAGGAGGCGGCGUGGAAGCUGGGCGGGGGAGCGGGCCAAUGGGGGCACCGAACAGCCAACUGCAUUUAACCUAACUUUAAGGGAGAUUCAUUUAUGCUUGUCCUUCUUGCAGAACAAAGAAUACGUGUGUCGGGGCCAUGACUAUGAGAGGCUGGAAGCCUUCCAGCAGAGGAUGCUGAGCGAGUUCCCACAAGCCAUUGCAAUGCAGCAUCCAAACCACCCAGACGACUCUGUAUUACAGUGCGAUGCCCAGUAUUUACAGAUCUAUGCUGUGACUCCCAUCCCAGACAACAUAGAUGUGCUGCAGAUGGACCGUGUCCCUGACCGCAUAAAGAGCUUCUACCGAGUCAACAACAUCCGGAAGUUUCGCUAUGACAGGCCUUUCCACAAAGGUCCAAAGGACAAGGACAACGAGUUUAAGAGCUUGUGGAUUGAACGCACCACUCUGACCUUGACUCACAGCUUACCUGGGAUCUCCCGUUGGUUUGAAGUGGAAAGAAGAGAACUGGUUGAAGUAAGUCCUUUGGAAAAUGCCAUUCAGGUGGUUGAGAACAAAAACCAGGAGUUGAGAACGCUGAUAAGCCAGUACCAGCAUAAACAAAUGCAUGGUAAUAUUAAUCUUCUCAGCAUGUGUCUGAAUGGAGUGAUUGAUGCAGCUGUGAAUGGCGGAAUUGCACGAUACCAGGAGGCCUUUUUUGAUAAAGAUUAUAUCACAAAGCACCCUGGAGAUGCAGAGAAGAUCACGCAGCUCAAGGAGCUCAUGCAGGAACAGGUGCAUGUCUUAGGAGUGGGGCUGGCAGUCCAUGAGAAGUUUGUCCAUCCAGAAAUGCGUCCUCUGCAUAAGAAACUGAUUGACCAGUUCCAGAUGAUGAGAUCUAGUUUGUACCAUGAGUUACCUGGUUUGGAUAAGCUGAGUCCAGCGUGUUCUGGCAGUAGUACGCCUCGCAGCAAUGUUCUGGUUUCCCAUGGACCUAUGAGCCCAGAGAGCAUAAAGCUGCUUCAUCGACACAGCCCACUGAACUUGCUUGGCUCAGUCCGACACUCAUCAUCCUCUUUGUCAUCCCACACCUCCAGCGAAACAGGGAACCUGGUUAUCCUAACAGACAGCUCUGUGGGGGAGGCUGCGGAGGAGAUGUACCACAUGCAGGCCAGCCCGUCCACCUCCAGCCUGAGCUCCACACACUCGGCACCAUCCCAGAUGAUUAACUCUGCUCCUUCCAGUGCACGAGGUAAGAAUGGAUGGACCUAAAUGGGAGUUAAUGGGAACUGCAGGCAUCCCAUAACUCUUUCAACUUUGUCAACUUAUUGAGUGAAACACCACCUGCACUGAAAUACACCACUUUUCCAGAGUGUGGGUCUUCAAAAGUGAUUUUUUUUUUCAAAAUGUUUUACGUUUUUCAAAAAUUGA